AUGAGGCGAAGAGGAGAAGGUGAGCAAGAGAAGGCGAGCAAGAGAAGGCGAGCAGGAGGAGGCGAGCAAGAGGAGGUGAGCAGGAGAAGGCGAGCAAGAGAAGGCGAACAGGAGAAGGCGAGCAGGAGGAAGCGAGCAAGAGGAGGCGAACAGGAGAAGGCGAGCAAGAGAAGGCGAGCAAGAGAAGGCGAACAGGAGAAGGCGAGCAAGAGAAGGCGAACAGGAGAAGCCGAGCAAGAGAAGGCGAACAGGAGAAGGCGAGUAAGAGAAGGCAAAAAGGAGAAGGCGAACAGGAGAAGGCGAGCAGGAGGAGGCGAGCAAGAGGAGGUGAACAGUAGAAGGCGAACAGGAGAAGGCGAGCAGGAGAAGGCGAGCAAGAGAAGGCGAACAGGAGAAGGCGAGCAGGAGGAGGUGAGCAAGAGGAGGCGAACAGGAGAAGGUGAGCAAGAGAAGGCGAGCAGGAGGAGGCGAGCAAGAGGAGGUGAGCAGGAGAAGGCGAGCAGGAGGAGGAGAAGGCGAGCAGGAGGAGGCGAACAGAAGAAGGCGAGCAAGAGAAGGCGAACAGGAGAAGGCGAGCAAGAGAAGGUGAGCAAGAGAAGGCAAACAGGAGAAGGCGAGCAAGAGAAGGCGAGCAAGAGAAGGCGAGCAGGAGGAGGCGAGCAAGAGGAGGUGAGCAGGAGAAGGCGAGCAAGAGAAGGCGAACAGGAGAAGGCGAGCAGGAGGAAGCGAGCAAGAGGAGGCGAACAGGAGAAGGCGAGCAAGAGAAGGCGAGCAAGAGAAGGCGAACAGGAGAAGGCGAGCAAGAGAAGGCGAACAGGAGAAGCCGAGCAAGAGAAGGCGAACAGGAGAAGGCGAGUAAGAGAAGGCAAAAAGGAGAAGGCGAACAGGAGAAGGCGAGCAGGAGGAGGCGAGCAAGAGGAGGUGAACAGUAGAAGGCGAACAGGAGAAGGCGAGCAGGAGAAGGCGAGCAAGAGAAGGCGAACAGGAGAAGGCGAGCAGGAGGAGGUGAGCAAGAGGAGGCGAACAGGAGAAGGUGAGCAAGAGAAGGCGAGCAGGAGGAGGCGAGCAAGAGGAGGCGAGCAGGAGGAGGCGAGCAAGAGAAGGCGAGCAGGAGGAGGUGAACAGGAGAAGGUGAGCAAGAGAAGGCGAGCAGGAGGAGGUGAGCAAGAGGAGGCGAGCAGGAGAAGGCGAGCAAGAGAAGGCGAACAGGAGAAGGCGAGCAAGAAAAGGCGAACAGGAGAAGGCAAGCAAGAGAAGGCGAACAGGAGAAGGCAAGCAAGAGAAGGCGAACAGGAGAAGGCGAGCAGGAGGAGGCGAGCAAGAGAAGGCGAACAGGAGAAGGCGAGCAGGAGAAGGCGAACAGGAGAAGGCGAGCAAGAGAAGGCAAACAGGAGAAGGCGAGCAAGAGAAGGCGAACAGGAGAAGGCGAGCAGGAGGAGGCGAGCAAGAGAAGGCGAACAGGAGAAGGUGAGCAGGAGGAGGCGAGCAGGAGGAGGCGAAGAGGAGAAGACGAGCAAGAGAAGGCGAGCAGGAGGAGGCGAGCAAGAGGAGGCGAGCAGGAGAAGGCGAGCAAGAGAAGGUGAACAGGAGAAGGCGAGCAGGAGGAGGCGAGCAAGAGGAGGCGACAGGAGAAGGCGAGCAAGAGAAGGCGAACAGGAGAAGGCGAGCAAGAGAAGGCGAACAGGAGAAGGCGAGCAAGAGAAGGCGAACAGGAGAAGGCAAGCAGGAGGAGGUGAACAGGAGAAGGCGAGCAAGAGAAGGCGAACAGGAGAAGGCGAGCAAAAGAAGGCGAACAGGAGAAGGCGAGCAGGAGGAGGCAAGCAAGAGAAGGCGAGCAAGAGAAGGCAAACAGGAGAAGGUGAGCAAGAGAAGGCGAGCAAGAGAAGGCGAACAGGAGGAGGCGAGCAAGAGAAGGCGAACAGGAGAAGGCGAGCAGGAGGAGGCGAGCAAGAGGAGGCGAACAGGAGAAGGCGAGCAAGAGAAGGCGAGCAGGAGGAGGCGAGCAAGAGAAGGCGAGCAGGAGGAGGCGAGCAAGAGAAGGUGAACAGGAGAAGGCGAACAGGAGAAGGCGAGCAGGAGGAGGCGAGCAAGAGCAGGCGAACAGGAGAAGGAGUGCAAGAGAAGGCGAGCAGGAGGAGGCGAGCAAGAGAAGGCGAACAGGAGGAGGAGAUCAAGAGAAGGCGAACAGGAGAAGGCGAGCAGGAGGAGGCGAGCAAGAGGAGGCGAACAGGAGAAGGCGAGCAAGAGAAGGCGAACAGGAGAAGGCGAGCAAGAGAAGGCGAGCAGGAGGAGGCGAGCAGGAGGAGGCGAGCAAGAGGAGGCGAACAGGAGAAGGUGAGCAGGAGGAGGCGAGCAGGAGGAGGCGAAGAGGAGAAGACGAGCAAGAGAAGGCGAGCAGGAGGAGGCGAGCAAGAGGAGGCGAGCAGGAGAAGGCGAGCAAGAGAAGGUGAACAGGAGAAGGCGAGCAGGAGGAGGCGAGCAAGAGGAGGCGACAGGAGAAGGCGAGCAAGAGAAGGCGAACAGGAGAAGGCGAGCAAGAGAAGGCGAACAGGAGAAGGCGAGCAAGAGAAGGCGAACAGGAGAAGGCAAGCAGGAGGAGGUGAACAGGAGAAGGCGAGCAAGAGAAGGCGAACAGGAGAAGGCGAGCAAAAGAAGGCGAACAGGAGAAGGCGAGCAGGAGGAGGCAAGCAAGAGAAGGCGAGCAAGAGAAGGCAAACAGGAGAAGGUGAGCAAGAGAAGGCGAGCAAGAGAAGGCGAACAGGAGAAGGUGAACAAGAGAAGGCGAGCAGGAGGAGGCGAGCAAGAGAAGGUGAACAGGAGAAGGCGAACAGGAGAAGGCGAGCAGGAGGAGGCGAGCAAGAGCAGGCGAACAGGAGAAGGAGUGCAAGAGAAGGCGAGCAGGAGGAGGCGAGCAAGAGAAGGCGAACAGGAGGAGGAGAUCAAGAGAAGGCGAACAGGAGAAGGCGAGCAGGAGGAGGCGAGCAAGAGGAGGCGAACAGGAGAAGGCGAGCAAGAGAAGGCGAACAGGAGAAGGCGAGCAAGAGAAGGCGAGCAGGAGGAGGCGAGCAGGAGGAGGCGAGCAAGAGGAGGCGAGCAGGAGAAGGCGAGCAAGAGAAGGCGAGCAGGAGGAGGCGAGCAAGAGAAGGCGAACAGGAGGAGGCGAGCAAGAGAAGGCGAACAGGAGAAGGCGAGCAGGAGGAGGCAAGCAAGAGAAGGCGAACAGGAGGAGGCGAGCAAGAGAAGGCAAACAGGAGAAGGCGAGCAGGAGGAGGCGAGCAAGAGGAGGCGAACAGGAGAAGGCGAGCAAGAGAAGGCAAGCAGGAGGAGGCGAGCAAGAGAAGGCGAACAGGAGGAGGAGAUCAAGAGAAGGCGAACAGGAGAAGGCGAGCAGGAGGAGGCGAGCAAGAGGAGGCGAACAGGAGAAGGCGAGCAAGAGAAGGCGAACAGGAGAAGGCGAGCAAGAGAAGGCGAGCAGGAGGAGGCGAGCAAGAGGAGGCGAGCAGGAGGAGGCGAGCAGGAGAAGGUGAGCAAGAGAAGGCGAACAGGAGAAGGCGAGCAAGAGAAGGCGAACAGGAGAAGGCGAGCAAGAGAAGGCGAGCAAGAGAAGGUGAACAGGAGAAGGCGAGCAGAAGAAGGCGAGCAGGAGGAGGCGAGCACGAGGAGGCGAGCAAGAGACGGCAAACAGGAGAAGGUGAACAGAAGGCGAACAGGAGAAGGCAAGCAGGAGAAGGCGAGCAAGAGAAGGCAAACAGGAGAAAGUGA